UCCUUGUUUGAUCAAACAAACAGAUAAACCAUACAGACCUAAAAUAUAAUAACAAUAUAUACCAUAUAUCUUCUUAUCUUUCUCAAUCAUUAUCCUAUUUAGUGAUUAAUCAUUUCCAAUUAAUGGCAAUGAGAAAGAGCUACCUCUUUCUAGGAGGAAAAGAAAGGGUUAGUCCUAUGCCUUCUAGUGCUAGUUCUCUACAAUUCGAGUUUGAUGAAUCUGAUAUAUGGAAUAAUACUAAUAGUUCAGACGAAGUUCUUCCUCAAAAAUCAAUACCUAAUUCACGUUUCUUGAAAAAAUCAGCAAAGAAAUCUGGAGGGAGGGCAAUAUCUGCAGCAGCAACAUCACUGCCCGUGAACAUACCGGAUUGGUCGAAAAUCCUAGGUAAUGAUUACAAGAAUAAUUGUCUAAGAGAGAGAAACGAUAACGAAGACGACGAUGAUGACGACGUGGACAGUAGAAUUCCACCUCAUGAAUUAUUGGCAAGGACAAGAGUGGCUUCAUUUUCAAUGCAAGAAGGUAUGGGAAGGACUCUUAAAGGAAGAGACUUGAGUAGGGUGAGGAAUGCUAUUUGGAAGCAAACUGGAUUUGAAGAUUAAUUAACUAGUUAGGUUUUUUUUUUGGUUUUUUGAUGGGCUAAUGUGUUAUGUUUUAUAAGUUUUUUUGGGUAGAUUAAUCCUCUGGUUUUUGUGGUUUCAUCACCCCCUAGGUAUUUCUUUAACUACCCAUCUGUAUCGGUUUUGGAUACAAGUACACUAUUGCGCGAUGCUGUCGUUCGAGCUUUUCGUAGGGCGCAGUGGGUUUAGGAUGUCAGCCCAAAACAAACGGCUCUGAAACAAAUAAACAGGCGUGUGAUCGGACCAGAUAGGCUCAGCUAGCUUGACCUUUUUAGCUAUGACUUAUAAUAAGUUCGUGUUACUCUCAAAUCUCCAUUUUGUUGAUAUCCUCUCUUUCCUUAAAUUAUGUAGAGUCAUUGGAUUUUUGUAAUCGAGAGGAUCAGUUUGUAGUUUCUAACUUUUUAAUUCAGUUUCGGAAUAUAAAAUUGUCACCAAAUGAUUUUGCGUUUU